UUCCGAGUUAAUAAAUUUCCUAGUUAUUCUUGGCAAUAGGCUAGAAAUUAAUUACACCGUAACAGGGACGUCAUACGGGGACAGUAGAAAAUAGCAAUUCGUUCCUGGUAUAUUGAAGUGUAAUGGCGCGAUACAGCGAAGCAUUAACUACAUCCUCACCGCAUGUCACUCUAUUUAUUGCGAAAAGUACUUUACGGUGCUUUGCGGUUCUCGCGCUCGUCGACGUUACCAUCACGUUACGUAUUACCAAGGUACAGGUCGACCCGAAUAAGAAGAAAGCGAAUCUUUUCGUUAGGGAAAUUUAUGGUAAUCGCCAUUACGUUGAGGACCGAGUGCGACUUUACGAAGGGAAGCACAGAAGCCGGGAGCCAGAAAAAUAGAGAAGAAAGUAUACCCGUGGAAAGAAAGAGCGUAAAGCACAGUCCGCAUGGAACUGCAUUUUAAAAGGGAGUUUCUUUUUUUAAUUUCAAGCAAAAAGGCAUAUGGGCGUUAUUUAGCUUUUGAAUACAUGACAAAAUGGAAGCGCUCGUAUAUGUGUAUAGUAUACGUAACGUAACUAUAUUAUGCAUCGCUGCUAUUAAAACUGGUCGACCCAUAGCUCCAUUAAUGAUUCACGUUGUUUUACCAUUUUAUAAAUGAAAGAAAAAUUCCUCCCACUCGUAUGGUUUACGUAAGAAUAUUGCCUGCUUCAGUGGCAUUCAAUAUGUUGCAAUGCAGUAGCCAUUUAACACGCCGUUUCUGCACAACAUGUCUACCGAGAAGACACCGUUGACGAAUUUGUCAUCCAGAACGACUCCUUGUCCCUUUUACGUAGACAAUGGCGUGCAUCCAUUUUACACACGUCGUAGAAAGGAACGACAACUUCAGUGUCUGACGUUUCUCCUCGUUGUAGUCAUUUUUGUGAUGGCCCUUGUAGCCUCGGUCAGCUACUCCAUGCGGAGCAGCAAUGCAGUAACGAACGUGUCAGCAACUAGUGGCGCAGCAACGAAUCUUCUUAAAUCAGUAUGGGUAACUUCGUUCACGAAGCUAGUUGACAUGGAUGAAUCAUCAUCCGACGCCUUGACUGAUGAGGAACUCCAGGAUGGAAUUAUAGCAGGGAAACAGGCAAUCGAGGAACGUCGUGUUGCUGACGAGGCAGCAACGCCGUUAUCGGGUCCGUCGCCAAAUUCCAGGCAUCAGUACGCAGUGAGCACCAGCGUUCGGGCUGGUGAAUUAGCUCUGAUCGGGGUUGGUGAACUGGCAGCAACGAAGAAAAUCGAAGAAGUCAGGAUCCUUGCUGGGAAGAGCUUCCCCGUCGGUACUGCCCUCCAAGCGGAUUGGAUACCAACCGAUACCUGCAGAGAGUUCUCAAGGAUAAAUUGCACCAGUGGUAUAUAUAGGACAUUUGACGGAACUUGUAAUCAUCCUGAGCAAAAAGGUGCAUCCUUGACGGCCUUCAAGAGGAUACUUCCGCCGGAUUACGCGGAUGGAAUAAACGCGCCGAGGAAGGGGAAGCUCGGGAAGGAACUUCCUUCGGCGAGGGAAGUCAGCUUGCUAGUUCAUCCACCUUCUCCUAGUACAAAUCCGUCUUUCACCGUGAUGCUGGCUGUUUUUGGACAGUUUCUGGAUCAUGAUAUCACUGCCACGGCCAUCAGUCAGGGUCAAAAUGGCAGUAGUCUUUCUUGUUGCCCUCCAUCGAAUGGACAUCCUGAAUGCUUCCCUGUAGAGGUUGGUCCAGGAGAUCCUGUAUACGAUAUCGCUGGAAGUUCCUGCAUGGAGUUUGUCAGAUCUGCAUCUGCGCCUCAGUGUAAAAUUGGACCUCGUCAGCAAUUGAACCAGGUCAGUGCAUUUAUCGAUGGCUCUGCUAUCUACGGCCCUGAUGUAUCCACAUCCAGGGAUCUUCGCUCAGGUGUUGGUGGUCUUCUCAGGAUGCAGACUACAUCUGACAAUAGAACUUUACUACCUGCCAGUACCAAUCUUGGGGACGGAUGUAACAGAGAAUUGGAGUUUGCACGUGGUCGUUAUUGCUUCGCCACUGGGGACGGCAGGGCCAACGAGAAUCUUCACUUGACCACCAUGCAUCUUUUGUGGGCGAGACAGCACAAUAGGAUAGCAAAAAUUUUUGCGGAUAUGAAUCCUUUCUGGGACGAUGAGAAACUCUACCAAGAGACGCGACGCGUUAUUGGUGCUCAACUUCAGCACAUUACUUAUCGGGAAUUUAUUCCUAUUAUCUUGGGAGAGCGCGAGACCAUUCUUCGAAAUUUGAAACCAUUAACGUCUGGUUAUCGAGGAAACUAUAAUUCUGAGGUGGAUCCUUCGAUUGCUAAUAAUUUUGCAGCUGCAGCAUUCAGAUUCGCUCAUACUCUUCUUCCUGGUCUGAUGAGGGUUACGGAUGCUGAGAAAGGAACUUCGUCUUAUCUCGAACUUCACAGGAUGCUCUUUAAUCCUUACAGCCUCUAUUUCAAAGGCGGUGUCGAAAGUUCAAUCAACUCAGCGACCUCGAAUGUCAUUCAGAAAACCUCGACUCACGUUACAUCUCAGCUCACUAGACACCUGUUCGAAGACCCCAUGGGUAACGUCUCAGUUCCUUGCGGUCUCGACUUGGUGUCCUUGAAUAUUCAGCGGGGACGAGAUCACGGUUUACCUGGAUACACCAAGUGGAGAGAAUUUUGUGGUCUUAGUAAGCCAGCCACCUUCUUGGAUCUCUCUGAUCAAUUGGAUUCUGAGGCUCUGGAUCAAAUUUCAAAAUUGUAUCGAUACGUUGAUGAUAUUGAUUUAUAUACGGGGGCUCUGGCUGAACUACCAGCAUCUGAUGGUCUACUGGGACCUACCUUCACCUGUCUGAUCUCACAUCAGUUCGUUAGACUUCAGCAAGGCGAUCGUUACUGGUACGAGACACCAGAUCAGCCACACUCCUUUACCGAAGGGCAACUUAAGGAAGUGCGCAAGAGUUCACUGGCUAAAUUGAUCUGUGAUUGCUCGGAUGAAGUCACUGAAAUACAACCUGAAGUCAUGCGUUCAAUCGGGGUGGAUAACCCUAUGUUAUCCUGUGAAGAUAUUCCUGGUCCUUCUUUGAAUCCGUGGAAAGAUACUUCUUUCACGUUAUCUUUGACGGGCUCACCUGUCUUUGUGGACUGGAUGAAUUUUAAAAAUGAUAUCAAUGAUACUGUUCAGGGUAUCAUUUCCGUGUUUGGAGUUAACAAGCCUCCACCUGGAAGUGCCGAUUGGCUUUCGGUUCAAGAUAUGAUGAACAAAUCUUUUGCCGAGCUUAGAGAUCAGUUAGCAGGUUUACAUCCAAAACCAAAACUUGCUUCUGAUUUGAAAUUACCUCAGUAUGCGGAAGUGCAAAAGUUUAUGAACGACUCUCUUAAAGAUGCCGAAGAUCAUGCGUUACGGUUAGGCAAUGAAACAGCUGUAAUCGAUGACUGGAUCAGUUUUAAAGCCAACAUUAUGAAAUCUGUGAAUGAUACUGUAAAUAGCAUUAAAGGAAGUAUACCCAGUACAGUAGAUUGGCUGGCGUUCAAAGAAAAUAUAAAAAGUCAAUUCGCUGACAUUAAGAGUCAAUUAGCUGGCAUCAAAGUGAAGCCAGUUUUAAAAGUAUCAGAUAAUCCGACUGACACGGCUGAUUGGACCCAAUUAAAAAUUGAUAUCAUUAAAUCUGUUAAUGAUGCUGUUGAUUCUAUUAAGAUUAAUAUGCCACCGCCUAACGAUCCAGCUUGGGCCACAUUUAUGAGUAAGAUUAAAGAUCAAUUUGCUUCUAUCAAAGAUCGUAUCCCAACUGCGAAAGGGAAUUUGAAAAUAUCAGCUGACAGCAGUGCUGCAAUGGAUGAUUGGAUAUCAUUUAAGAAUAAUAUUAUAACAUCUUUAAGCGAUACUAUUAUGGCAAUUAAAGAUAAUAUGCCACCACCAGGUGAUCCUGCCUGGAUCACUUUCAGGGACAAGAUCAAAGAUCAAUUCGCUGGUAUCAAGAAUGGAAUUCCAAUAAUGAGACCAAGUGUACCUGUUGAAAGUAUGACAGAUUCCGCCAUUACGGUACUGGAUGAUUGGAUAAAUUUUAAAAAUGAAAUUAUAAAUUCGGUUGAUGUCGCCGUUCAGAAGAUUAAAGACAACAUGCCACCUCCUGGUGAUCCAACUUGGGCAACCUACAGGAAUCAAGUUACAGCAGAAUUUGUUGAUUUGAAAAACAAGAUUCCGGUUUCAAAAACUAAACCAGCCCUCAAAGCGACCCCAGUAGCGGUUUUUGAUUGGAUAGGUUUAAAGAAUAAGAUCAACAAAACUGUCAGUGAUCUAAUAGAUAAUGUAAAUUCUGGAACACUCGCGCCAGGCGAUCCAAAAUGGGUGGAAUUUCGUGAUUACAUAAACAAGUCCUUCUCAGAUCUGCAGAACGACGUGAUUGCUCUCAGACCGAAACCAUCGGGAGUGAAGUUACUGGAAUUGAAGAGUGAUUGGCUGGAGUUUAAAAAUGAAAUUAAUAAAAGUUUGACCACUGCCAUCGACCAUAUUAAAGUACGUUCUGCCCUCUCGGGAGACGCAGCGCGGAUGUCCUUUGGAGACACCGUCAAAGAUCAAUUUGCGGAUAUAAAGAACGAAAUUGCGACUAUAAAGGCAGAAUGGUUAUCGAAGGUUCAGGCAGACGAGAGUAAAGGAUAUAAGCCGGAUAAAGCGAAGAUCAAGGACGUCGUGCCCGUAAACGUUCUGCCACAGGAUCUCCAGUCGCUACGGGCAUUUAAGGAUUUCACAAACAACUCGUUUUCUGAAAUCAAACGUAAUAUCGCAGCGUUUAAGCCAGAUCCUACGACUCCUGUUAUACCAGAAGCGGAAUGGCUCGAUUUCAAGAACGAACUUAACGCUACCCUAAUGGAUUUAAUAAAAAUCACAAAUCACACUGAUCCUACCGCCUGGCUGAAUUUCAAAGCCUCGAUGUCGAAGUACUUUACGGAUCUGAAAAAUGAAAUAAUUUCAUUACAAAAUAUUACAAAAUUACAAGACGACGCUGCAGGAGGGGGGAAAAAGCCUAAAACCAAGACUAAAAGUAAGGUGUCCAAAAACAAAGUUAUUAAUAAGGACAAUUCAACAAAGGGAAUUGAUGAUUUCGACUGGGACGACUUUCAGGCUCAAAUUUCCAUGACUGUUAAUAAUCUUUUCAAUGAUGUCAGUUUGAGCGUGCCUUCUUCGAAUGAUCCAAAAUCUGGUAGUCUACAACAGGCUUUAGUUGAAGCUCGUGAUAAAUUUGAAAAUCUGAAUCCCGCUCCCAUUCUGAAAGCUGUACCGGACGCACCGACCGAUUGGGCACGUUUUAUGCGUAGCAUAAAUAAGACGAUUUCUGAUGUGGUUACCGAAAUUCAAGAUCUUAAACCUUCAGUGGAUGAUCCCAGUAUGGACGAGUAUGAGGAUUCUGUACAUAAUAUGUUCGAUGAGCUCCAAGAUAUUAUUCAGGGGAAGCGGGAUGAAAUUGAGAAUCUCGCAUCCUCAUCCUCACCAUUAAUAUCAGUAGAUUUUCUUCCUUAUGGAAAUAGAUUAAUAUUAAUUCUGACACUCAGCGUUAUUAAAAUAUUUUUACAUUAGGUUGUUGAUGGAAUUAUUUUUUACAUUUUCAUUUUUCUAUGAACACUUGACAAUGAUUCCUUUAUGAACAUUAUAAAUGCUUUGUUCGAACGCAUAUAUAUACAUAUUUAUACUAUAUAAAUAUUGUCUGACAAUGAUUUUACAAAUUAUUAAUUUUAGUUAUAAGUGGGUAUAAAUGUAUGAGAGAAUAAUUUAAUUGAGAUAUCUUAGGAGCUUCAAACAAUGUGCUAUUUUUUACAAGCAUUUCUUUUUCAAUACGAUUAAACACUAAUAAAAUGGUGUUUGAAAACGAAUGGAAUACUUUUUUUAAAUGCAAUACAGAUUAAAGCUUCUGUUAUAACGGCAAUGACAGUUUUAUUAUUACAUACAUAGAUUUAUCAUAUACAAAACUAUUCCGAAUGCAUUUACUAGUCUGUUUUUACAUAAUAAUAAUCUACAACAUCGUUUUCAAUGAUGUAACGACGAAAGCAUACUUUACGAAUAAAUAACACAUUCACCUUGAAA